AGCAAACAAAUGGUGGAGAUACUGAACAACCAUGGUAUUUCAUUUAGCAGUUUUGAUAUUUUUUCUGAUGAAGAAGUUCGUCAAGGGCUGAAAACAUAUUCUAAUUGGCCAACAUACCCGCAGUUGUACGUAGCUGGAGAGCUUAUAGGUGGACUUGAUAUUGUCAAGGAACUUGAGGCAUCUGGAGAACUGGACGCAGUCUGUCCGAAGGCACAGAAGUUGGAGGAAAGGCUUAAAGUCUUGAUAAACAAAGCUCCUGUGAUGCUUUUUAUGAAGGGAAGCAAACAGAUGGCAAAAUGUGGAUUCAGCAAGCAGAUAAUAGAAAUCAUAAAUAGUACUGGUGUUGAUUACGAGACGUUUGACAUACUGGAAGACGAAGAGGUGCGGCAAGGAUUAAAAACCUUCUCCAACUGGCCGACAUAUCCUCAGUUGUAUGUGAAAGGUGAACUUGUUGGAGGGGUGGAUAUUGUUAAGGAACUAAAGGAAAGCGGUGAAUUGUUGCCUGUCCUGAAGGGAGAAAAUUAAUGGAAGAGGACGGGAACACUGGGAGCAGAAACACUCUGAACAACUUCAUUUGUAGAUCCUAUUGGAGCAAUAUACAACGUAGCCUCGUGCGACCCCUCGGGAGUGAAUAAAGACAGCUGGUGUGCUCCGUCUUUCACAGGGCCGUGCUGCGUAUGAAAAUGGGUUUCCACUGGAGAUACCAAAAUGUCAAGUUCUUCAGAUUCAAUUAAAAUGUAAUGCUAAAG